AUGGAGCUGGCGGAACAGAUUGACGAUUCCACAUUCUGCACAACAAAUGACGAAGCUCCCACCAGAGUUAUGGGCACCUGCAAUAGCUCGCCUGAUAUUACCAUUGAUGGCGGUGGUCUGAUAAAUAGCAUAACCUGGCGACCUCUCGCAUCAUACCAUCUGCCCAUAAUUAUCUCGAUCGAGAAGCCUCCUGAUUUUGUUUCUGUGGACAACCGCACCUUUGUUAUCUUUAAUAAAGCUAAUUGGGUCGGCUUCACAGAAUUUACUGAGAGCACCUGCGACGCUCUACCCAUUCCUUCGGACGUAUGCGUUGGCGAACGUCAAUUCCGCAAGGUGAUCGCAGCAGCUACAGCUCGCUUCAUCCCGGCUGUAAGAAUAGAACAAAUCCGCCCCAAUUUCCCAGCCGAAGCAGCCGUUUUAGGUAAUGAGCGCGACACCUUACGCCAAGCCGAUCCCGGGGAUCCCAGAAUAAGGGAUCUCAAUUUGGAGAUUCGGCGUAUGGUAAACCAGCAUAAGCGAACGAAAUGGAUAGAGCAUCUAAAGACCUGCAACCUCUCCACCGGUGUGAGUAAGCUUUGGGCUACUGUCAAAGAGUUGAAGUUCAAUUCAAUAGUCAUGCCUCCUCGGACCCAAAGAACACUUAGCGUCAUAAACGCUCGGAUAGUUCGUGGCCUCAACCAGAAGCCACCCUGCGAAAGAACGAUCCUCGUAGCGUUGGACCUGUCAAAAGCUUUUGACACGGUCAAUCACACAACGCUACUGCAGGACAUUGAAAAAGCCACGCUCCCUCCAGGGCUAAAGAGGUGGAUCAUGAACUAUCUGAACGGUCGUCAGUCAUCCGUACUAUUUCGAGGUGAAACAUCUAAACUGAGAAGAAUUAAA